AUGGAAUUAAAACAAACAGAAGAAGAAAUUUAUAGAGAAAGAAAUAAAAAUUAUUAUCCUUUAGGGUUAACAAUAGAUGAUGUAAGAGAAUGUAUAAAAGGAGUAUCAGGAUUUAGAGAAUCAAUUAGAGAUGAUACAAUAGUUUUUAAUUAUGAUUCAUUAUCAGAUGAAUCAUUUCCAGAUCCAUUAUCAGAACCAGAUCAAAAGAAACAAUUCCUUUUACGUUGUAGAAGAGAAUGUAGAGGUUUAAUAUUUGAUUUAAAAACAGAAAAAUUAUUAUGUAGAAAAUUACAUAAAUUUUUUAAUAUAAAUGAAUUUAAAGAAGUUAAAGCUGAAUUUAUUGAUUUAAAUGAACCAUAUAUUUUAAUGGAUAAAAUUGAUGGAUCGUUAAUUGCACCAAUGUUAAAUAAAGGUCAAGUUUAUUGGGGAUCAAAACAAGGUAUAAGUGAUUUAGGUACAAUGUUAAAUGAUUAUGUGAAUAGAAUUGAAGCUAUUGGGUUAGUUAAAUAUAAUGAUUUCUCAAUGAAAUGGAUUCAGUUAGGGUAUACACCACUAUUUGAAUAUAGUUCAUCAAAACAACAAAUUAUAUUAUACUAUGGUGAGGAGAGAUUAAGAUGUUUAGCACUUAGAAAUAAUCACACUGGUGAAUAUUUAAAAUGGAAAGAGUUGCAAGAAACAUGUACAGCAUUCAAUAUACCAAUGGUGGAUUUAAUCGAUACAACAUCUGAUCAAUCGUUAUUUAAAUCAUGUAAAAGUACAAUUGAAUUAGUUGAACUUGUAAAACAAAUGAAGUUAAUUGAGGGCUGUGUAUUGAAAUUUGAAAAUUCAGGUAAAAUGUAUAAAAUCAAGACAGAGUGGUAUAUAACAUUGGCAAGAUUAUCACUUCGUUCACCAAAAGUUAUUAAACAUGAAAAAGAUGUUUGGGCAAUUUUAUUAAGUGGUCAUUAUGAUGAUGUUAAAGAAACAAUUAAAAUGAUUACAAAUGAGAAUGAAGAACCUUCUGAGAAAAUUCAAAAGAUUGAAAAAUUCUCUAAAAUUUUAUUUGAUCGUAUCGAUUUAGUUUCUCAAGGUAUUAUUCUAACAAUUAUAGAUGCAAAGAAAAAUCAAAUUCCAAAGAAAUUAUUUCAUAAUCAUCCAGUUCAAAAUAAUUUAACAGAUUCUGCUAAAACUUUCUCUUAUCAAUAUUGGGAAAUAAUUAAUGAAAAUGAUACCUUAUCAAAACAUUUAUCUUUAGUUUCAAAACAAUUAAUGUCAAGAAUUAAAAAUUUAACAAAUUCAAAUUCAAAAUUAGAAACUGCAAGAUCUUUAUUAGGUUUAGAUAUUAAUUUUUAA